AUGGGCUGCCUCGACGUGCGCGCAGGCAGAAGGCUGAUCGACAGCCCCCCUGUCAAUAUCCAUGAGGCCGUACUCCGAAUUAAGACAUACCAACUUAGUCGCCAAGCCUUAGCCCACCGACGAAAAGGGGUGCGCUCCGUACCUGGUGAGAGCCAGUCAUCCGGUGGGGAGCCAUCAAAAUCUCCAUCCCCCCGUAGAGCUACGUAUGAAGGUCGCGACCAAGAAAGAUCACCUAGAUCUGAGCAGAGUUCGCGUGGUAGGUCAGGGCGAGGUCAAGGGGCCGGAGCUACUCAGGGUCGAAGGGGAAGUUCUUCCCCCAGCCCAUGGCGGUGUCCGCAGGAGUCUGGCCAAUGUUUUGAGUGUCAUGAAGUAGGGCACUUCCGCCGUGAGUGUCCAAAUCGACACAGAUCCGGGUCGCCAGCUCCUUCAAAUUCGCGCCAAGACAAGGAGCCUGAGGGCAAACAUGUGCGUUUCUCAAAAUCCCCAACUGUGGGGGCAGCGACGAGUUAUACCUUCAGUGAGAUCUGGGGGGUUAAGGUGCGUAGAAAGUGCGGUGGCGAGUACCCAUAG